AGGUUGCUAAUCACUCUUAGCGUGAGGUAUUGUUUUGGUCAAGAAAAUACCUUUUUUUAUUCAUUCUGAAGUUUCCUGGGACAUGAAACUUGGUAGUAAGCUAAAACAGGAUUUAUUCUAUGGAUUUUAUCAGUUUUCUCGCGCCAAAAGACUUAGUUAUUGAGUUAUUUGCGAGUGAAUAAAGUCACUACGUAAAAUCUGCUUGGAUACGAGCUCGUUGUGGCUGGCUUUUGUACCUACUCUGCCGUACGUCCGUUAAGUAAAUACUGUCUGACACCUUUUAUCGUAUUAUAACUGUGAUAUUUUGUAUGCAAACUUAUGAAAGUUUGUUAGCAUUUUAUUGAGUUUGAAUUGAGCAUUGAAAGGGGAGGUUUAACACUUGUUCAUUGUUGGCGAGGCGUGUGUAAGUAUAAUCGAAUAGUACAAAACUACGCAUAAUAAUGUUUACGAGAGAGAAGAAUAAAGUAGAUCCUGGCGGUACUAAAGGCGGGAAGAAAAAGAAGCCUGCCUGGGAGACAUUAUUGUCGUCACAAGCAAAAAAACUACAGAUUCAAGAGCAGGCCCGUACGUGGUUACGUCGUGCCUCGCCAGGGCUGAGCGACGAUAGUGAUGAUGAAUAUGAUCGUUUAAACACUUCAAUAUCGCCAAACACGUCCUUCAAACAUUCACGAAGCAUGACAGCAGGGCAAGAUGGUCACUGGAGGGGGUUACGAAGAGAUAAAAGUGCUAAGAAAGGUGAUAGGUUAAGUCAUUCGUGGGGACCUAAUAACUUUCAGCAGACAAAUGGCUUCCAGCAUUCGAAUGGCUUCCAAAAAUCAAAUGGCUUCCAACACUCAAACGGUUUACACAACUCGAAUGGUUUUCUUCCUUCAAGUAAUACCCAAGAAGUAGAUGAUAUAUGGGCAAAUUCCAGAGGAAGAACAAUGACAGGUAGCAGAACAGACCUUAUUCAAGGUGAUUUCCAGUUUCAUGCAGGCUAUCCCCCCAUUCCUCAUAGGCUGGUAUCGAAGAUACAAAGAGGAAGGUAUGUAAAUUUCCAAGAAAUGGUUGCAGAGAACCUUGGUGGAACAGCAAAGGGAUUAAAGACGCCAAUAGAUGGAACUGACAGAAUUAAUGAUGUUACAAAAUGGAUCGACUGCAUGGCUAUUUAUAUCUCAAUUAUUGCACAAACAAAUCCUGAGCGAGUACAAGAUUUGAUGGUGUACCAAAGUCAUAUCAUGCGGUUAAUGCGUGUCAGCCAUGACAAGAAAUCAUGGCAAAGGUACGACGUAGCUUUCAGGAGGAAGGCGGCACAAAAUGAUAUGGCAACAUGGGGUAAUGUAGACGAGAAUCUAUGGAUCUUAGCAUGCUCUGAGGAAGCCAGGCAACCUGUGACCUGUCGACCAUGUAUGUCUGUUUUACAUGAUGAUAAUACAUGUCCUAUAACUGCCAUGAAUAGAGAAGAUGAACCUAAAGCAUCCAAGAAGAAUAUGUGGGGAGUGCGAAGCUAUUCACCCAGCAGAGAUACACAAGGCAGGCCAAGGUCAACCAGUCCAAACAGAUCUUUACAACUUCCAAAGGAAGGACUAGAGCUCAAGUUUGCAUUUGGUUACCAUGGUUACAAUGCCUGCAAUAACCUAUUUUACACGCAGUCCAAUGAAAUGGUCUUCCAUGUAGCUGCUCUUGGUAUUGUAUAUAGUCCAGUCACUCAUCAGCAACGUUUCUACAAGGGCCAUACUGAUGACAUAUUGUGCCUAACGAUACAUGACGUCAAGGAUUAUGUUGCCACAGGGCAGGUUGGUCGAUAUGCAGAAACACAUGUCUGGGAUGCCAUGACAAUGAGAACCGUGGCCAGGCUCAAGGGUGUUCACAAAAGGGGAAUCAUUUGUGUCGAUUUUUCAGGGGAUGGAAAGAAGCUUGCAGAUGUUGGACUUGAUGAUGACCAUAUUAUUUGCAUCUGGGACUGGAGGAAAGAAGAGAAGCUGGCAAGCACUAGAGGACACAAAGAUAUGAUCUUUGUUCUGGAGUGGAAUCCAUUCAACCCCAACUAUUUUGUUUCUGUUGGAGAAAAACACAUCAAAUUUUGGACUCAUAAUGGUUCCAAGAUUGACAAGCGUCCAGUGACAUUUGGCAAAGCAGGAACAGCAGCUACUAUGCUGUGUGUCUGUCACAGCCCAAUUGAUGACUUGUGCUUUGCUGGUUCAGACAAUGGCACAGUGUAUGUAUGGCAGGGCACUACACUGAGAAGGACCGUGCAGGCCCAUAAGGGACCUGUUUGUGCCAUGUACUCCAUGUGUCAGUCUAAGAAUGAGGGUUACGUGACAGGAGGUCGUGACGGUGUGGUAGUCAUGUGGGAUAAAUACUUUGAACAGUGCCUGAAGGCGUUCAAGGUUGAAAACAGCGCAAUGAAUCCUGGGUCAGUCCUGCUGCAAGACCUUCCACCAAUCAGAUCAAUCCACACAGAUGAAGAUAAGAUUCUGAUUGGUACAGGCAAUGAUGAGAUCAUUGAAAUAGGUGUCGAUGGAAAGAUGACAAUUGUUGUGCAGGGACAUGGAGAGGGAGAGGUCUGGGGACUGGACACUCAUCCAAUGAAAAACGAAUGCGUGACCGUGAGUGACGACAAGACGUUAAGAGUGUGGGACCUCAACACGCUUCUACUCAAAAAAGUCAAGAAGCUGAAAAAAGGCGGGAGAGCUGUGGCGUACUCGCCCGACGGAGGAUCCUUAGCCGUGGGACAAAAUGACGGAGGGUUUCUGAUUCUAGAGGAAACUACACUGGACAAGGUUGUGGGGUACAAGGAUCGUAAAGAGGAAAUCUCGGAUAUUAAAUUCUCUCCAGAUGGAAAGUUCUUGGCUGUUGGAUCCCAUGAUAACUAUGUAGACGUGUACAGUGUAAAGAGAGGCAAACGAACUGGUGUGUGUAAGGGAAGCUCUAGCUACAUCACUCACUUGGACUGGGAUGUUAAGGGUCGCCUCAUCCAGACGAACUCAGGGGCACGUGAGCAUCUUUUUUACGAAGCUCCUCACAUUCGUCGUCAGACCCUCACGACCGAGGACGCAGAGAAAAUAGACUGGGCGACAUUCACGUGUGUUCUUGGACCAAUGGUAAAAGGUGUUUAUCCUCCGUUGACUGACGUCACCGAUGUUAACGCUACGGCUCGAUCACAUGACCAUAUUCUUCUGGCCAGCGGUGAUGACUUUGGCAUGGUUAAGCUUUUCAACUUUCCAGUUUUUAAUCGUGGAGCACGCUAUAGACAGUACAACGGCCACUCGUCUCAUGUCACUAAUGUGUGCUGGACUCACGAUGACCGCGUAUUGGUGUCUACUGGGGGACUGGACACGGCUUUAUUGGUCUGGGAACGUGUGCAUAUAAAUGAAGAAGACGAUGCCGAGGUGGUGGAGGAUAAAGUAUUCGUUCAGCCGAAAUUUCUUCCCACCGGACCCGUUAGAGACCCUCUAGCGAAGGGUAAGCCACAAUUUGACUGAAAAAGGUGGCCCCUUCUGAACAGGGGCAGCCACAUUUCUAUUGAGGGGUGCCCCUUCUGACCAAGGACAAGCCACAUUUCUACUGAGGCGGUGACCCCCCUGACCAAGGACAAGCCACAUUUCUACUGAGGAUGUGACCCCCCUGACCAAGGACAAGCCACAUUUCUACUGAGGGUGUGACCCCCCUGACCAAGGACAAGCCACAUUUCUACUGAGGGUGUGACCCCNCCUGACCAAGGACAAGCCACAUUUCUACUGAGGGUGUGACCCCCCUGACCAAGGACAAGCCACAUUUCUACUGAGGGUGUGACCCCCCUGACCAAUGACAAGCCACAUUUCUACUGAGGGUGUGACCCCCCUGAUCAAGGACAAGCCACAUUUCUACUGAGGGGGUGACUCACUGGAUAAAGACAUCUACAAUUCGACUGACCAAGUUACCCUUCUGGCCAAGGGUAAGUCACAA